AUGAGUGGUCUCUUUGAUCCGCUUGGUCCUCUUGAGAGGCCUCAAAACCACGGCCCAUCUCCUAAGUUUUUGGAUUUAGUCAACGAGUUGUUUGUGCCUCUGAAUGAUCCAGGUCAAGGGCACCUUGCAAGAUAUCAAUCGCGAGUCACUAUCGAAAAGUUUCUUCGCAAAUACAGAACAACUGUGGGGAAAGACAUUCUUCCUGUUGCACGUCUCGUUUUAGCUGCCAAAGACAAAACUAGGGUCUAUAUGACAAAAGAGACUAGGUUGGGAUUUAUAAUCUGUCGGAUCAUGCGAAUUUCGAAGGAAAAUGAAGAUUAUAAAAAGAUUGCUGGUUGGAAGAAAAUAGGAUUCAACAAACUCCAAUCCUCCCUCAAGUUUGCAGAUUUGCUCAGCAACAUUAUCAGUAAACGUCGCAUUGACAAGUUGACAGGACAAUUGACCGUUGAUGACGUGAACGCUUAUCUUGAUAAGCUGCACGAGCUGGCUGAUUCUGAUACGGAGAGCAAAUCAAAAGUGUUGGAGGAGGUCAUAGACAAGAUGAACAAUACGGAGCUUCGGUUCUUCUUUAGAAUUGUUCUCAAAAUUAACCCUAUUCGCCGCGACAAACUGUUCAUGUAUUGUUGGCACCCGGACUCAUUAGAUGUCUUCGAUCUGACUCACGAUCUGAAAUUUGUAUUUUGGGGCCUCACAGACCCGAAAAUCAGACUUGAAUCUAAGGAAAAGCAUUCGAAACCUAUGUUUCCCUUCACUCCUCAGAGAGCAAAACGGUUACACCUCGAUUAUGAUUCGGUAGCCCAGAAAUUCUCGGGGCGAUUUCUCAUCGAAGAAAAGUAUAAUGGUGAAAGGAUUCAACUACACGUCGCAAAAGCCCCUGAUGGAUACGAAUACAGGUUUUUCAGCAGAAACGCGAUCGACUAUUCCUCUAUCUAUGGUAGGUCAUCUGAUCCGAGCUUUGUUGGAUGCAUUUCACCAUUUUUGAAAGAUGCGAUAGUUGACGGUGUGCAAAACUGUAUUCUGGAUGGAGAAAUGGUCAGCUAUGACCCUGUAAAGAAUAUGACUCUUGCAUUCUCUACUCUCAAACCGACGGCUCUGAAAGAUCUGAACUCCCAAAAUAAAGAUGACCCUCGUCCAUUGUACAUGGUUUUUGACAUUCUUCAUCUCAACGGGUGUUCAUUGGAGGACUACAAGUUGAUGGACCGAAAAAAGGCUCUAGAGAGAGUCAUGAAAACUGUUCGCCAUCGUGUUGAGGUGGUGCCUUAUGAGAUCAAAAGUACGGGACAAGAUAUCGAGAAUAGUCUCAAAGCAGCUAUACGUAAAGAUCUUGAAGGCUUGGUGUUAAAGGAUCCCAAUUCAAGAUACGAGAUCGGAAACUACACUACAGACACCUGGAUUAAAGUCAAGCCCGAAUACCUUCACGAGUAUGGUGAGAACCUUGAUCUUGUUAUCGUUGGACAGAUACCAGCAGCAAAGACAACCUACAUAUGUGCAUUACGCGACACUGAAACCAGCGACAGCUUCACAACUCUUUGUGGAAUCUCCAACGGGUUCUCUGUUGAUGACUAUCGCAAAAUUCAGCAGAUGACGGCUGGAAAGUGGCGUCAAUGGAGUAAGGAACAACCGAUAAAUGUUAAGUUUGGAAAGAAAACACCUUUGAUGUGGAUUGACCCAAAAGAGUCUGUGGUGAUUGAAGUCAAGUCGAGUUCAAUCAGCGUGCAAGCGGAAAACAAUUAUGCGACAGGGUCCACGCUGUACGCUGCCUAUUGUACCAGGAUCAGAGAGGAUAAAACGUGGGAGACCGCAGAUACGCUAGAAACGUACCAGAACUCCAAACUAGAGCGUGAUUAUGAGGCUAGCCACACUUUAGCCAAAAAAAGAAAACUAGCUACCAAGAAGGACGACAUCAUUCAGCGAAUCAACCGAGGCUACACGAACAACGUGGAUACUUCUAGUCAAUUAUUUAAAAACUACGUUUUCUGCAUUAUGACGGAUUGCAUGUUCAGAGGUGAGCUUUGCAAGAUAAGCGAGUUGGGCCAGAUUUUACAAAGCUACGGAGGAACUGUUGUACGAAAUCCCAAUGCCAUACUUAGUCCCGAGCAAAAAUUGAUUAUUUUGGCGGACAAGCUCACAAUAGACAUUCUAGAGCUCCGACAAACUUAUAAUAUAUUCAAGGCGAAAUGGUGCGAUGAUUGUAUCCUUAUGAAUCGUCUGGUUAAUUUGGAGCCCUCGCACAUUACAGCUGCAGACCCCGAGCUUUGGCAACGCUCUAAGCGCAAUGUUGAUAGGUAUGGUGAUAGCGUAUAUGUUGAUUUUACCUUGCCGACUUUCGCAGAACUUGUUGAAAGAAACUACGAGAAAGGCAUAACACCAACUUCAGAUGACACUCCGGAAACCAGUGAAAUAACACGACUUUUUGCUUUCCAUGGUGUGCGCUUCCACUUGCUAUGGAGAAACGAAAACAGGUACAAGAUGUACAGGAGCCUGGUGGUAGCUGGAGGAGGAAAAAUUAGUGACGACUGGAGACACGCUGGGUACGUCGUGGCAAUAGAUCCCUACGAGGAUAGAGUCAGAGAGCUGGAGAACCAAAUGGCGGCAUCAUAUGAUUCUGAGGAGAAAGUUCGUCCAAUUGUUGAUGCUAGCUUUGUAUUUGAUUCAUUCAAAGAAGGAGUGCUAGUUGAUCUUGAAAACUACAGAAUUGGUGCUGGCACUCCUCGCACCUCGAUCAAAUCAAAAUAA